AUGGCGAACACGUUGUUCCGCGGUGAGCUGUUCUUCACCGCAUCGGAGCUGGAAUCAUUCCAUCAGAGGUUGAAAGAGCUCUGGGAUGCAGCGUCAAAGGAUGAUGCAGCGGUAGACGUCCCAUGGCAAUUGGCGCCACUGGACGCUGCAAUACCACGUGGUCACUAUCAUUUGCUCUCAGAAGCAGUAGACAUGAAUGCUUCGUUGCCCCCCAAGCGUGAACGUUCGAAUAAUAUCCAACUGAAAAAAAAUGCCAGCCGACGCACUUUGGCUUCAGAUAUACCGGGCCACUCUACCAUCGAUGACGACAUCGAUUCGCUUUUUAAGGAAAUAAUGGAUGAGGGGUUCGACGAAAUGGAAGGACCGUUUGAAUCGCAUAAAUCCGCAUUUCCGCAGCAAGAAGAGACUGUUGAAUACGACAAUACAUCGUCUCUAUUCCCGCUUUUGAAUCCUGAUGAUGCUGUUCUGACCAGCAUGCCCACUUGGCUACAAAAGCUACACCACGUCGUUGCGUCGUUGUGUCAUACGAAAAGCGGCAGCCUUUUUGCAGCGCCCAUAGAAGGGGCUGCUGAAGGAACGUUCGAAACAGCGGGUGAGGAAGCCUCACCAAUGCCACCGGUAAAGUCUGUGACAUUGCACAUAGUUCUUGAGAAGGUUCUGCAAAAUGGAUAUGCUUCGUCCACUGAAGCAUUUGCCGAGAUAUAUGCGAUGCUCCUUACAAUGUUUAAGUUCCAGGCACCCGGCACCAUCCCUUGGAUGUCAACUCACGAUGCCUGUUGCAAGCUCGAAAAGCUUAGACGUGAUUCCAAUCUCGUUGACUCAGAGACGGCUCACGUGUCGUUUGGUGGCAAACACCUUCCAGCAGCUAAUCCGAUGACGUUACCGAGGCAGUUACCUGCAAGUCUCGACUUUGUCGCAGAAAUCCAACCUGUGUCGAGCCAAGAGAAGGCACAAUUCCAAGAUGCACUCAUGGCGCUACCAGAGGAUUGCCACGUCGAGUUGUAUAUCGCAUUUGAACAUUUGGCUGCUUGGAAAAUUUUGGGCAAUGGAGAAAUCGAGCUGGACGACGAAGCCACGAAUUCGAACGUGUUCAGGUAUGUGAGUUUUUUAACUGGCACAACGCCUCAGGGAUAUGAUGCGCUGGGCACAGCAACGACACCUUAA